UGGCCUUGUACUUGGGAUUGACUGUUCGGAUGUUCAAUAAACUCAAUAGUAUUCAGGCGACAUCUAACACACGCAGAUACACACGACAAAAGCGACUCGACUCGACCAAACAGCCAGAGCGGGCAUCCAGGUACUGUGUAAUCCUCGACCAGCGUACACAGCGGGGCGGGGAUAUUGAACGAUAUGAUGGCGGCGGAUUCAUCGCCAUACUGUGUUAUCCAAGAGGCGUCAGUGAAGCUAGCACCUUACGGAGGCGCGAUACGGCGGGGGCGUAUGUAAAUCCUCCCGCAUCGUCGUCCGCGUCAUUCACGUUCUGCGGGGGCGGGAAUGGGUCUUCGUUGCCCGUGUUGGGCUCGGGCAGUGUGUACGCGACCUCAAGAAAGUGCACCUGCGUGAAGGCGAGCGUGCUCUCGUCAGACGAAUUGUGCGGGUCACGCACGGGGCAAGCAGGCAGCCGGGUAAGCGAGUGGGUGUGCAGGCGAGUUACUCGUUCCGGCGGGCAGAUGCGCAGACAGGCGAAGUGGGUAGACACGCGAAUCAGGAGGCUGCUGGGCAGACAGGCAAAAAGGCAGGCGGGAAUGUCCUGGCGGGAAUUCAACUGCUUGACAAGUUGGCGAGCAAGCGGCUUGGUGCAACAGGCCAGUGGGCGGGCGAGUCGGUACACGUGCCAGCGGGUGGGUGCAUACAGAUGAUGAGCGGCCACGCAGGCGAGUGGAAACAUCGACUACUUGGUUCGUCGAUACGUCUGCUCGCGCGGGUACUGCCAUGGUCGCGUAAGAGGCGUGUCAGGAAGAACAUACCUUCGACCUUUCGAGCCUUCGUGCUCGCUUUCUCAGCCCUUGUAGCGCCCUUCUCCCUCGGGUUCGCGUUGCUCACCUCGUCUCUGUUCCUGAAUUAUCGCACUUUAGAGCGCAGGACUGGACUGACUUGCACGCCCGUCGCUCGAGUCCGGUCCAAGUUGCGAUGUCGGGCUGCGCCGUGUCGGGCAAGGGCUGGCAAGGGGUGUCGAAUUUGAGCUUGUAUAACCAUGAUUGAGUAAAGCGAGCGUCUUGCAGUGAGCUUGGGCGGCCAAGAGGACUGACCGGGUUGAGGUGGUAUCUGAGGUGAUGGUGGUCAACUGCGCUGGCAGA